AAGGCCUGUCGGCUUCAAACUUCCUUAUUGUUUCUUCAAACUUCGCUUCUCCUCAAAUUUAUGCAGUUGUCCUGUUGAGCACUGUAUUUGGAUCUCUGACAUGGAGGCUACGUUGUCAUUCUGGGAUGUGGCAAUAUAUUUCUCUGCAGAGGAAUGGGAAUGCCUGGGUCCUGCUCAGUGGAAAAUGUACAGGGAUGUGAUGUUGGAGAAUUACAGCAACCUUGUAUUUCUGGGUCUUGCUUCCUCUAAGCCAUACUUGGUCACAUUUCUGGAACAAAUACAAGAGUCUUCAGAUAUGAAGAAACAAGAGGCCAUCACUAUGUACCCAGGGGGAGAAAGCUAUGUGUGCAAAGAAUGUGGCAAAGUCUUUGAGCACAAAAAAGCAUAUGAGAAUCACUGGAGAAUUCAUUUGAGUGUGAAGUCCUACAAGUGUGAAGAAUGUGGCAAAUCCUUCCGUUUCCCAUCAUUACUUUCCGAACACAAAAGAAAUCAUACAGGAGAAAAACUCUACAGUUCUGAAGAUUGUGGCAAGGACUUCCAUUGUCCAUCAUUACUUUCUCAAAACAAGAUAGUUCAUACAGGAGAAAAACCUUAUAAAUGUGAAGACUGUGGCAAGGCCUUCCAUUUUCCAUCAAGACUUUCUGACCAUAAAAAAAUUCAUACAGGAAAGAAACCACACAAGUGUGAAGUAUGUGGCAAGGCCUUUGAUUAUCCAUCAAGACUUUCCAACCAUAAGAGAAUUCAUACAGGAGAGAAACCCUAUAAAUGUGAAGUAUGUGGCAAAGCCUUCCAUGAUCCAUCAAAACUUUCUCAACACAAAAUAAUUCAUACAGGAGAAAAACCCCACAAAUGUGAAGUUUGUGGCAAGACCUUCCAUUAUCCAUCCAUACUUUCUAAACAUAAGAUAAUUCAUACAAAAGAGAAUCUCUGCAAGUGUGAUAUAUGUGGCAAGGCCUUCCAUUAUCCAUUAUUACUUUCACAACACAAAUUAGUUCAUACAGGAGAAAAACCCUACAAAUGUGAAGAAUGUGGUAAGGCCUUCCAUUAUCCAUCAAAACUUUCCAGACAUAAGAAAAUACACACAGGAGAAAAACCAUACAAGUGUGAAGUAUGUGGCAAGGACUUUUAUUAUCCAUCAAGACUUUCUAAACACAAGAUAGUUCAUACAGAAGAGAAUCCCUACAAGUGUGACGUAUGUGGCAAGGCCUUCGAUUAUCCAUCAAGGCUUUCAAACCAUAAAAAAAUACAUACAGAAGAGAAGCCAUACAAGUGUGAAAUAUGUGGAAAUGCCUUCUGUUUUUCAUCAUCACUUUAUAAACACAGGAUAAUUCACACAGGAGAGAAACCCUACAAGUGUGAAGUAUGUGGCAAGGCCUUCAGUUCUCCAUCAAGACUUUCCAAACAUAAGAAAAUUCAUACAGGAGAGAAACCCUACAAGUGUGAAGUCUGUGGAAAGGCCUUCCACUUUCCAUUCUUACUCUCAGUACACAAGAGAGUUCACACAGGAGAAAAGCCCUACAAGUGUGAAGUAUGUGGCAAGGCCUUCCAUUGUCCAUCAAUACUUUCUGUACACAAAAGAAUUCAUACUGGGGAAAAACCUUACAAGUGUGAAGUAUGUGGCCAGGCCUUCAAUAUUCCAUCAAAACUUUCUUAUCACAAGAGAAUUAUACAAGAGAAAAACCUUACAAAUGUGAAGUUUGUAGCAAGGCCUUCCAUUAUGCAUCAAGACUUUCCAAACAUAAGAAAAUUCAUUCAGGAGGGAAUCCCUACAAUGCUGAAAUAUGUAACAAGGGGUUCAAUUAUCGGUCAAGACUUUCCAAACAUAAGAAAAUUCAUUCAGGAGAGAAACCCUACAAGUGUGAUGAGACUGGAAGCACAUUUUUUUUCAACAUUGCAGAAGAAUGCAGAUAUCUGCCACCUCCCAUUUAGCACAGACAAUAAGCUAGGUGUGUGGAACCUCAUUCUGAGAUUGCCAUUCCUACCAAAACUGGGCCUAGCUUUGCUCUGUUCCAAGUGGACCCUAAACUCGGGAAUCUGUCUGUCCUUGGUAUAUGAAGGAGUUCUCUACCUUAUCCUGGGAGAGUUUGGAAGUCAACUUAUUUUGUGUCCUGCUUGUCUACAGCUUACAAUCAGCAGUUGAGAUUAGAACUCGGAUCCCAGAACCUGUGAUCAGCCAACCAUAACAGCGGGCAGCCAAAUCUGAGGACACCUUGUCAUCUAGCCUGAAGUAAAAAUAGGUACCUAGAAUGAUUAAGCAAACCCCAUGGGAAGUCUCCAAAGCCUAACCAAUUGUAGAUUCAGUCACACCUGUAGAGAUAGAGCUAACCAAUCAAGGUUAAAGGGAAUUCCUCUAACUGACAAUAAAAGCUGGGCCUCUAAGUCUAACCAGGGGUCUCCAUUCCCAAAUGCAGAGACCCCUGCAUGCAGGAAAUUCUUCUGAAUAAAUGCUCUUUGCUUUUGAAUA